AUGCGUUUCAUUCCUUUCAUUGCCGUUGCAUUCGCCCUGCUUCAGACAGCUACUGCUGUGCCAGUAAACAGAUGGCAGGCCAAUGAUGUUGUUGCCCGUGAAGAGCCGGUCUAUGUCCGUCGAUCUAACCAGUACCUUGUACGCCGCGGCAAAGAUCACCAGCACAAAGACUCGCAUAAGCCAGCUCCUCCUGGUCACAUCGACAACAUCACGUUCCUCAAAGGUCAUGGACCUGAGCACAAGCACUCUGCGUCGAACGCUCUUGACGCUCUUAACCUUCACGGUCACAAACGCAAGGAGGUCGAAAACUUCCAUAAGAAGGUUGUUGCAGACCACAUGUCACACACUCCGGGAGCGCACUCUGCUGUUAUCAAGAAUUUGGCGCACUCCCAGGGCUCUCGGGAUCCUCAUGUCCACAUCAGUGCUCAAAUUCAUGAUCAGCAUGGCCACAUCAUUGAAGCUCCCCGCCGCGGUAAUCCUGCCAUUAUGGAUCCCACUCACCACAUAUAUGUUGACAAGAAUGCUCUUCCUCACCACUAUACCAAGGCCGUUGAGAAAAAGCAACACCGUGAGGGCAGACACGGCGGUGUCUAA